AUGGAGACCCUAGAGGCGGGGCCAUCGCUUGACGAAGUAUCAAAUCUAAAAGGGAAGCCCAGUAUCGGGGAUUCUAAUGUGAGACAUCCAAAACACUACAGUGGGGCACAUGACGCCGAAAUGUUAAGGCAUCAGAACAAGUUUGCAGACGUGGAUAGAUGGAUCCUGCAUAAGGUCAUCGCUGGAGAGGGUAACAUCUUCCUCAUAUUCAGUCCCACAAGAGACGUGGCAGAAAAAAUACUAGCGAGAGAAUGGCAAAUACCUUUAAAGCCUGCCGCUUCUGAAGGACCAAACUUCAGCCCCGACAGCAAGCACAGAACCCGGACCAUCAUCAACAGCAACGCAAGAGGCCAUGGAAGUACAAAACUCGGAGACUUCGACUUAAGCGAAGGGGGUCGUAGUGAAACGGAUGUGGUUGACGAAUGGGCAGACAGACUCGGUGGUAUCAACAUCAGUCAGGAGGUAGAUGUCGAUGUCUUACUUGCGGCAGAUGGCGCUACUCGAAUAAAACAAAAUUCCUCCAGACCAACCUCAAACCUUUGUGCGACCAACAGUCGCACGGUCGCCUUUGCCUACAUGAGACAACCAACUUAA